AUGGCUUCCUCUGUUUCAACAUUAUGCUCUAUGGAUGAUUUUACUAGCAAAGCUUCCAUUGAUGCUAUACUUGCUGAAAUUAAUGCUGAUAAUUCCUCAUUACUCUCUGCGUUGAUGAAGGAAUUGUCUAAAGAAGUAGUAGUGGUUGAAGAAGCAUCUGCAUCAGAAUUAAUGUUAAAAGAAGUUAGGAGUGAUGAUGAAGCUUAUGAAAUGUAUAAUGACUAUGCAUUUAGGAAGGGUUUUAGUAUUCGUAAGGGAUUAAUUAGGACUAGUCGUAAAACUGGUUUGUGGAUUAUGCGUAGAUUUCUUUGUUCUAAUUCUGGCUUUAAAGAUGUUAAGAAGGAAACAUUGAGGAAGUAUGAGAGGUCUGAAUUGCGUACAGGUUGUACUGCUUUUAUUAGUUUUUCUAUUACCAAUGAUGGUGUUUGGACUGUGGUGAGGCAUAACAUGACUCACAAUCAUCAUAUGAUUCCCGCUGACAAGAGAUACUUGCUUAGGUCUCAAAGAGAUAUUACAAGGGAGCAGCUCAAGUAUCUUAGUGCAAUGAAAGCUAGUGGUUGUAGAGUGUCUGAUUUUCUUAGUGCAAGAAGUUGGAGGAUCUCCUAA